AUAGGAUCGGUCUUCUAGGAGAGUAUGCAGAAGUUUCUUUUUGAAGUAGAGUCAUUUUGUACAAUACGGAUAUAUCGAUAACAUGGGCCUAUUAAUGUAUCUGAAAAAUAAUAUAGCAGGUUGUAGUAGGUUCGCCCAUAUAAGCAAAUUUAUAAGUUGUUUCGCAUGCAUAGAACAUUUUACUCGGAAUAAACAGCAAAAGAAUCUGAAAGUAAGAAAUGAAGUUAAUGUGUAUUCAAGAAGGGCUGACUCGUCAAUUCUAUAAUUUAGGCUAUUUCAUUGGUAAACAUCCAUUUAUAUUUAUAUUUUGUCCCAUUACACUAACUGCAAUUUUAUCAUUUGGAAUAAUGUACAUAAAUGUGAACAGAGACUUGCAUUACAUUUAUACUGCAAUAAAUGGCAAAGCUGCACAAAACAGAGAAUUUACUAAAUCACAUUUUCCAGUAAACACUUCAUAUUAUGCUGAUGUGCAACGAAUUUUAGACCAAACUACCAUCUCAAUCGCACAAAUUGUAGCAAAAGAUGAAGGGAAUUUACUUCGAGAAAAUAUUAUUAAUGAAAUUAUUGUUCUAGAUAGCAUGAUUAAAAAUAUUACUGUAAAGUUGAAUGAAACCAAUGCAAACUAUAACGUCCUGUGCGGCAAAAAGUUCUCCAAAUGCUUUGAAAGUAAUGUCAUGAAAAUACUUUUAAAUUAUGAUGAUUUUAUUACAAGAAAAUAUAGAGUAAAAUAUCCUAUUACUUUGAAUGAAAUUGUAUAUUCCUACGAAGAAUAUGCAUCAAGUGUUGGAGGAAUGAUAACCGACAAAAACGGUUAUUUAAUAAACUUCAAAGCAGUAAGACUACUUUAUUUGUUAGACAUCAGCGAUAAACGCAAAGAAAAAGCAAUUAAAAACUGGAAGAUUGCUUUUAAUGAGCUGCUACAAUCUAAAAAAUUUAAUCAUAUUUCGAUAAGCUUCAUUAACGAUUACGUGGUCGAUAAAGAAAUACAGAAAUUUACUGACAGGUUGUUGCUUCGUUUACCGAUUGUUUUUAUAAUUGUUGUUGUUUUCUCGCUUGUGACUUGCAUGACAAACGAUUGGGUGAAAAGUAAACCCUGGUUAGGGCCUUCUACGUGCAUAUCGGCAGCAUUGGCCAUCGUCAGUGGAUUCGGAAUAAUGGGUUUUGCUGGUGUUACUUACGUAGACUUCAAUAUUGCACUCUGUUACAUAAUUUUAGGUACGGAAAUUGAUGACUCCUUCGUACUAAUAGCUGCAUGGAGGAUAAGUGAUUCUAGGAAGAGUGUUUGUAGACGUUUGGGCGAAACGUAUUCCGAAGCUGGUGUAUCUAUCACAAUUACAUCUCUUACCAAUUUCAUUUGCUUUAGUAUCGGAAUAAGUUCGCCUUUUCCAGCAUUUCGUUCGUUUUGCAUAUAUGCUUCUGCUUGGUUUUUAUUCACCUAUUUAUAUCAGAUCACAUUUUUUGGAGGUUGUUUAGCUUUAAGUGGAUAUAGAGAGAAGAAAGAACUUCAUUCAUUCACAUUUCAAAAAGUAAAAUGUUCAAUCGAAAAUAAAAACAAGAUUGAAAUGACAGAUAAAAAUUUUAUAAUGAAGAAAUUUGAAGCAUUCGGUUCUUUUCUGUCCUUAAAAACAAGUUCGGCCAGGCCCACAAAGGCAACUGCUGUACGAUGAGGGACGGGUUCAAUAUAUCCAGGAGAGUCGAUACCCAAAAAGUUUCUGCGGUGUUUUCGACCACCCAGAUUCGAUCCCGCCUGUAGAUUGACCCUUUAAUCUACUCGGCAAUCUGAUCAUCAAUUAAAGUGGAUCAAUGGGUAAAAUUUCUUUUUAUAAAUUUUAAGUUCUCAUCAGUAAAAGUGUUACAAACAUUUUGGUAUUCAUUCGUAAGUCUAACAUGUAGAUUAUUAGAAAUUUUCGUUAUGAGCUCAUACAUGAUGAAUUAAUUUGAAUACACAGUAUUUACAAUUAAUCAAUUUUUUUUUGUCU